AUGGGCUCAAAGUACCCACGGUCUGUGCGGGGCUGUCUGCCCCUGUGGGCUUUAGUGUUGGAGGCUGCUCUUAUUGUCAUCUUCUUCUUUUUCACCACCUAUGAAACCUCCCCGAAGGAUCAGAGAAUGCUCCUGAGGAUCUAUCCGGCUCUCCAGGAUGUUGCAGUUAUGGCAGCCCUAGGCUUGGGCUUCCUUACCUCCUCUUUGCGGAGACACGGCUGGAGCAGCGUGGCCUUCAACCUCUUUAUGCUGGCCCUCGGGGUGCAGUGGGCAGUCUUGCUGGAUGGCUUCCUGAACCAGUCAUCACUUGGGAAGGUCAUCAUCACACUGUCCAGUAUCCAGAUGGCCACCAUGAGCGCUAUGUCCGUGCUAAUCUCAGCAGGUGCCGUCCUGGGCAAAGCCAAUCUGGUACAGCUAGUACUGAUGGUGUUGGUGGAAGUGACAGCCUUCGGCACCAUGAGGAUGGUCUGCAGGCGGUUCCUCAACAUGGACAGCCACGUAAGCAUGAUGCACAUCCACGUGUUUGCAGCCUAUUUUGGAUUGACUGUGGCCUGGUGCCUCUCAAGGCCUCUGCCUGAGGGAACGGAGGAGAAAAAUCACACAGCAACCAGUCCCAGUUUGUUUGCCAUGCUGGGAACCCUCUUCUUGUGGAUGUUCUGGCCGAGUUUCAACUCAGCUCUGCUGGACAUUCCCAGUCACAGGAAGAAUGCCAUCUUCAAUACCUACUAUGCUCUAGCGGUCAGCGCAGUGACAACCAUCUCGAUAUCAGCCUUGACUCACCCCCAAGGGAAGAUCAGCAUGACGCAUAUCCACAAUGCAGUGCUGGCAGGAGGUGUGGCUGUGGGCACCGCAUGUCAUCUGAUCACAUCUCCUUGGCUGGCCAUGGUGCUGGGCCUUGCAGCUGGACUUAUCUCCAUUGGGGGAGCCAAGUGCUUGCCGGUUUGCUGUAACCGUGUGUUUGGGAUCCAUGACACUGGAGGCGUGCACUACACCUUCGGCCUGCCUGGGCUGCUCGGAGGGGUCACCUAUAUUGUGCUGAUCAUUCUUCAAACCAACUGGACCAAGACAUCCAUGAUCGGCUACCAAGUGCUUAUUGACACUGGGGCGCUCAGCUUGGCUGUGGCUGUGGGUUUGGUGUCUGGUCUCCUAACAGGUUUGCUCUUAAAUCUCAAAAUUUGGAGAGCACCUCACGUGGCUAAAUAUUUUGACGACCAAGCUUUUUGGGAGUUUCCUCAUUUGGCUACUGGAUUUUAAACAAAAUCAUUCAAGAAAAAAACAAGGCUUGUUUACAAAUAAGACAGCAUCCUUUCACUGUUGCCCACCUUUUUUGCGUGACAAGCCCAUUGCAAAGUCUCUGUAUGUACAAUGCAAUAAUACAAAGUCAAAGAUGGUUUUGAUGUU